AUGAUGUGCUUAAAGGUCCUGAUCAUAAGCCUGGUGAUGCUGGCCGGGUGGGCAUUCAGUGCUGCCAACGCUGAGUUGGGCUGGACACGCAGGAAAUCCUUGGCUCAGAAGGGACACCUGAACCAGGUGCUGUUGGAAGGAGAACGCUGUUGGCUGGGGGCCAAGGUUCAAAGACCCAGAGCUGCUCCCCAGCAUCACCUCUUUGGGAUCUACCCCAGCAGGCCUGGGAAUUACCUGAGGCCCUACCGCGUGGGGGUGUGGGGGACCCGUCAUGUGGGACACAGUAAACCAGACACCGACGGAAAGGCUGUGAGCCUUGUUCCCCAAGACACGAUUGAAGAUACAGCAGGAACUCGGAGUGAGGUUGAACGGACAGCUGCCCCAAGGGUAGAGGAUGGUCCUAUUGGGCAAUCGGAGCUGCUGGGAGAGGAUGACACUUUUCUUGGCAACAGAGGAUCCAAGGAGUCUCUAGGUGAGGCUGGGACUUGGGAAAGCUUAGCUACAGCUGCCACCACUACCACUGUCUUCGCACGCCCGGAGGAACCCAAACCAGAGACCCAAAGGAAGGGCUGGGCCAAGUCCUGGCAUCAUCGCCAAGUGGUGAAGAGGCAGGCAGAAGAUGCACGGGGAGACCCUGAUAUCUCUCCUCUGCAUUUCCAUCCCUGGCCUAAGCAUCCCCUUAAGCACGGGGUCAGAAACAGGCCACUGGAGGACAGUACUCAAAAUGGUGGAGAGGACCCCCACUGGGAAGCGGGGACCUUCAACCCCCAAGAAGGACUGCCUAUUUUGUACUUCUCCGGGAGGCGGGAGCGGCUGCUGCUGCGUCCAGAAGUGCUGGCUGAGAUUCCCCGGGAGGCGUUCACAGUGGAAGCCUGGGUUAAGCCGGAGGGAGGACAGAAUAACCCAGCCAUCAUCGCAGGUGUGUUUGAUAACUGCUCCCACACUGUCAGUGACAAGGGCUGGGCCCUGGGGAUCCGCUCAGGAAAGGACAAGGGAAGGCGAGACGCUCGCUUCUUUUUCUCUCUCCGCACUGACCGCGUGAAGAAAGCCACCACUGUCACUGGCCACAGUCGCUACCAACCAGGCACAUGGACACACGUGGCAGCCACUUACGACGGACAGCGCAUGGCCCUGUAUGUGGAUGGAACACGGGUGGCCAGUAGCACAGACCAGUCUGGUCCCCUGAACAGCCCCUUCAUGGCGUCCUGUCGCUCUUUGCUUCUGGGGGGGGAUGGCUCUGAGGAUGGGCACUAUUUCCGUGGACACUUGGGCACACUGGUCUUUUGGUCAACCGCCCUCUCACAAAGCCACCUCCAGCACAGUCCUCAGCAUCCAGGUGGGGUGGAGGAGUUGACCCCCUUGAUCCUGACAGCCAGUUUUGAGUCCCUGAGAGAACAGUGGGCCCCCUUUAGAGAUGAGAAGUACCCACGGCUUGAGGUUCUCCAGGGCUUUGAGGCAGAGCCUGAGAUUCUGUCACCUUUGCAGCCCCCUCUUUGUGGGCAAACGGCUUGUGACAAUGUGGAACUCAUCUCCCAGUACAAUGGGCACUGGCCCCUUCGGGGAGAGAAGGUGAUCCGCUACCAGGUGGUGAACAUCUGUGAUGAUGAGGGUCUGAACCCCAUUGUGAGGGAGGAGCAGAUCCACCGGCAGCACGAGGCGCUGACCGAGGCCUUCAGCCGCUACAACAUCAGCUGGCAGCUGAGUGUCCACCAGGUCCACAACUCCACCCUGCGCUACCGGGUCGUGCUUGUGAACUGUGAGCCCAGCAAGAUUGGCAAUGACCACUGUGACCCCGAGUGUGAGCACCCGCUCACAGGCUAUGACGGGGGCGACUGCCACCUGCAGGGCCGCUGCUACUCCUGGAACCGCAGGGACGGGCUCUGUCAUGUGGAGUGCAACAACAUGCUGAAUGACUUUGACGAUGGGGACUGCUGCGACCCUGAUGUGGCUGAUGUGCGCAAGACCUGUUUUGACCCCGACUCGCCCAAGAG